ACGUUUAAUUAUUUCUGUUUCGCUUUUUAUUUGUGUAGAAUCAUUGUUAAACAUGAAGAGAGAGUCUCUGCUAAACAUCGUACUUCUCGUAGGAUUAGUGCUGUACUCACCGGCCAGUGCAGUACAGAAUUCGAAGCCACACUGGCAGCAUUCCCUCGUGCAGCUCAACAGCACAACAUCGUUUGAUAUAUCGGCGAAUUUCACUAUCUCUCCACUUAUUGCAAACAAUGAAAAUACAACCGUUGGAAUUAUUAUUCCUGCCAUAAUUCAUGGCGAAAGCCAGACCAGCGAGCCAGCAGCAAGUGACCUUUUGGUCGGCUCAUCUGCUGGAAAUGAGCCAUCUCCUGGUGAUGCAGAUGUACCGUCCAGCAUAAUGAGUCAUGCUAACCAGCCGCCACCGCUAGCACAUCCGUUAUCCCUACCCUUUGGCAUGCAUCCUCUGCCAUUCCAUGGCGCAAUGUGGCCACGCCCACCGCAUCCGUUUUUUGGACCUGGUAUGUUCCCGCACGAACAGCUCCAGUCGUUGAACGGUAAACCAUCUGCCUCCAUGGUUGAACCAAAACAUCUCAUGGGACAUGACAUGCGUAGCGGCAAGGGCAGAAGUAUUGGUCAUGCUAUUCCUAAAAGGUUACUGGUCGAAGGACAGCCGCUAAAACUCUCGCGCUUUGUGGACGGUAAGGAGAUGCCGCUUAAUCAUCGAGCUGGAAGUAGACUGCGGGGAAACAGAAAGUCUAUUGGGACCUAUGUCAUUUCGGGUGUAGAGUCAGGGCAUGCUCGUGCAGCACUAAAGGGCGUUCUGCCUGGUAAGCCUGUCCCGGUAGGCGACCCGCUCUUCGCUAGCCAGAAUGUACUGACGGGUCAAACUGUAACUGUACUUCCGGGAACGGAUAUUGAUCCCACCACCCAGCUGUUUGCGACGACUACUACUGUCAGUGCCAUUCCGGAGAAGCCGGUGAACCAGACAGUGCAGUCUUUCACCGUAUCCGAAAACUGGUACAAUGCCAACAUGACAACUACUGCCAUUCCUGGAACGACACGAAACAUCACCGAAGAUUAUUUUAACGUACGAUGGAUAAAUUAGCGGCCAGCUGUCAAACAGAGUUCUAGCCGGCAUUGUAUACUCAAUUGGGUUUCACUUGUCAGGCGAAUGAUUCGACCAUAAUUACGCUUCUACCAGUUGCUUUCUCUGUUGAUAUUUUUCGGCAAAUUUAAAAAUAAUUGCUAAAUGUUUUGCGUUGUACAUAGAUGUAGAAAAAGUGUACAUAAAAUAUCACGAUCGCAUAAUAAA